AAACAACAGCAAAAAAAAAACCAUGAAAAUCUUACGAAGAAGAAGUUACUCUUCGGCAGGAGGACGACGAUCGGUCCUACUUGCCGUUGCUUUGAGUGCGACCUUCUUGUUUGGAUAUUUGGAUAUGAACGUUGUUAGUGCUAGUGGAACGGCGCCGGUGGCUGAUACUCCUUCAACUCCGGAGCCAGAUCCAGCACCAGGAUGCAGGGCACCCGAAAUCCGUUACAUCAAACCAAAGGCAGUUGAACCAACAACCGAAGCAUCUUACGUUGACUUUGAAACUACUCAAAUUUACUUACCUGAAGAUUUUACCACGUCCGAUGGUGAUUCCAUCGAGCACAUAAACAUUGACCUCUCCAGUAGCCAUACAGACUCAGCCAUCAAUCCGUAUCAAAUUGACAUGGACGGUGGCGGUGGUGGUGUGGGCAAUGCUGCCGCCUUACACAGCGGCGAAGCUGAAGAAGAAAAUGGCACCGAAGAUCCUUUGGCAAGACGACAACGUUUACGAAUGGAGCGUAAAAUGGGUAAAAAACGUCGAGCUGGUGGACGCCGGAGACGUUUGGAAAACGAGAAUGGUCAAAGUCGUGGAACGGGCAGUGGCCGAGGCAGUCGAUACAAGCGUCACGCCAUUCACAAGGACGACUCACCAGCAGCCGAGCACGACAAAUGGAGUGGUGCGAAACUAGCUGCCGAAGGUGAAGUCUACUACGUGCACCUGGACGAUUUGCUCAAUUCGAAAUCCUUAAAUAAGGAACUGCGACAAAAACUUCAUAAAAUGAAGCAAAAGCACCUCAAGGAACGUUCGAAUAAAUGUUCCCCCACCGGCGGAAGCAGUGGCGACAAAAAGAACACAGACUCGUCGUGCAAAACAAAACCAAACUACAAAAAUGGUAACAAGAAUAAACAGCACCAACAGCAGCCGGUUGCAGUUGCUGGGGAUGUUGUCGUUGACGGAAAUGAGCCAAUUCCGAAACAAGCCCCGAAUCACUCCUCAGACAAUGGACCACCCAAACGUCAUCAUCGCACAAAAAGGUCAUCGUUGAGAGGAGCUGCCAAUGAUGGUCUUGAUGGUGGCAAACACAACCAAGAUGAGGAGGAAGUCCUGACACAACGACGACAACAUAGAGAAAAUAACAACGACAUCGAAACAACAAAUAUUGACAACAGCAAGGAUGGCUACUUGGAUGAUGGUAAGAGUAGCAGUAGUCAAUUGUCAGCUCAGAAGAAUAGCAAAGGCAAUACAACGAGCACGUUACAACUUGGUGCAGGAUUAAGGCAUGAUAAUGGCAGCACAGCAGACGACGACGGCAGCGAGGCGGGAACCGCAGACAAUUUGCAACGGGUUAAGAGAAAAUCUGGCAAAACGACAGGAGCUCUCAGUCGUCCCAAGGGUGGUGGAGACUCUGGAUCGAAGACUACCAGUCGAAAGGAUAAAGGAGCCUUUGAAGAAGAAGGUGGCUAUUCGCCCGUUCAUCCAGACGAAGAAGAAUCCGAAGAAGAAGAAGUUGAAGAAGCCGAUUCUGAUGAACAAGUACAUUUUACAGAAGUUUCUGAAAUACGUUUCCCUGGUGAAAUUGGUCCUCUUGGUGACCGACGUCUUUGUAAAAUUCGUUGCAUUAAAGGCAAAUGGGUGGGCCCAUUAUGUGCUACAAAUGAGGAGGAUGAACAUGGACACAUCAAAUUUCAACCGUUAUACAAAAGCUGCCACGUCAAUCGAAUCCCGCCACAUUUACUCCUGAGUUACCGUAACAUUUCUGUGAACAUUGGAUGGGAUUUGCCACAUGGGCAUUCGCUGCAAGCUCGUUGUAAAGAUCUCGGCCUCUAUAAAUUGCUCGGCGAGUCACGAGUCCUAUGCUCGAACGGUCUCUGGGCGCCACGUAUGCCAUCGUGCGUCCCCACAACGCUACUAACAAACUUCUCCGACGAUAGUGCACCAUCGAUCCGUAUAAAAAUUGGUUCCGGCUCAGGGGCUUUCGAGCCGUCCGGAGUGUUGGCCGUUUUGCCCAGCAGCACUAUUCACAUGGACUGCAUGUAUCCGAGAGCUCGUGGUACGCCCGAAUGGACCUGGACCAGCUGGUACAUGCAAUACAAUACGGGUUGGUCAACAGUGCAUGAGGAAAAAUCUACAAAAUAUCGCCUAACCAUCAAGGACAUACAGAACAGUGAUUCGGGAACAUUUACGUGCACUUCGCCGCGUGGCCUAACUAACAGCAUUUCAAUUAUUGUGGCAACAUCAACAUGUCCACAGCUAACAGAGCCGGCUGCACCGUUGUCACUACGACUGGAGGGUAAUAAGUUGGGUCAACGAGCGCUGUAUAGAUGUCCCCAAGGCUACCGGGUAGAUGGUACGGUAAAUUCAACCUGUCUGGCUUCGGGUAAUUGGUCUACGCCACCACCUACGUGUCAGGCGGUCCAGUGCCCUCGUCUGAUAUUGGAGGAUUCGCAUCUUAGUCUGGUCGAGUUGAAUACGUCGGCUUGGGGUCGGGCGGUAUUUAAGUGUCAGUGGGGCUUCAAGCUGAACGGACCACCUGGAUUGGAAUGUGAGCCGAGUGGUGUUUGGAGUGGACCUGUGCCGAGAUGUAGAGCUAUCCAAUGUCCGGCACCGCUAGUGCCACUCAAUGGCCGCAUCGGUGGAACCAGCGGCUCGAGUAGUCAUCGUCGCUACGCUGUUGGUGCUCUAGUGACGUUUAGCUGCAACGAAGGCCACCUGCUGGUGGGUGAGGCAAGCAUUGUCUGCACCGAAACUGGAUUUUGGUCCCAUCCGCCGCCAUUCUGCAAAUCUCAGUGUCCGUAUCCGGGAGAUCCACCAAACGGUCUAAUAGCACCGCUCAAAUUCAAUUACGAUUCCGGUGACUUCCUUAGCGUUCAAUGUCGGCCAGGCUUUGUCGAAUAUAGCCCCGCUGGGCCACCAGAACGUCCAAAAUGCCUGCCCGAUGGCAAUUGGUCGGGACCAGUGCCGCAAUGUCGCAGUUACGAGGACGUGUAGCUCUUAAGGUAUCGACAGAGUGCUGCCACCGAGGAGGCUAAUGCCACAGCACUAGCUGCUACGGUAUUAGAGUGACAGUGCGAGUAAAUUGGCACUGAAGGCGGAAUGUAAAAGAAAAAAAUAUAGAAAAAAAGGAAAAAAAAAAUGCAAAAAAAAAUAGAAAAAAGGGUGUACAGUUAGAAAAAGCAAAAAAAAAAAAUAUUAUUAAAAGAAAAGGAUUAGAACUGAAAAAUACACAAAAGAAAAUAAGAAAAAAAUAUAAGUAACAAAAAGCCUGCACAGUUUAAGAAGAGUGGGGGAGAGAGAGAGAGAGAGGGAGAAAGGUUAUAUUUGAAGGUAGAAUGAUGAUUGUUCGUUAUAAACAUGAGAAUUUGAGAUUUUUAGUUUUGUACUUCAUGAUAUGUAAAAUUGCAUAAGCAGGGUGAUAUCUAGAUAAAAGAAAAAAAAAAAAAUAAUGACAAACAAAAAAAAAAAUUAUUGAAUAUACAUUCAAUUUUUUUUCCACAAACACACACAUACUCAUUCACUAUAGGUAUACAAACAAAAAAAAAUCUUUCACACACAUUUAUAGUCACAAAAUAUUAUAAGCACCACGCAGCGCAUUCAUAUACCUACCAUUAAAAUUAUUUACAAAAAGAAAAAUUUAAAAGAACACCAAUAAAUAGAUAAAUUUGUACACUCCGUGUCACUAGAUUGAGGUUAUAUUUUUACUACCUAACCUGAUUGGUAUAAACAGAAACGAAACUUGAAUUUGAUGACUUUUACGAGCAAAUCGACACUUAAUGGUGAGAAAGAACAAGAAAAUAAUUAAGUAAAUGAUAACUUCCCCAAUAUAUUGUACAAAAUGGCCUAGCUUAAUUGGUAUAAAUAGACAAAAAAAAUUCUUGUCUGUGAUGGUUUUUAUGAAGAAAGUAAAACACCUUUCGGACAAACUAAGCUUGUUAUCCCUUAAAAUGAAUUAAUUUAACGUUAAACGGGUAUAAACAAGUCAAUACUGAAUGGUAUAAAAACAAAAUCAUUACUCUGGUGCUUUUUUUUUUGCAGA